GCUUUUUGUAGAUGCUCACGGACGCCUCGAGUGAUCUAACUGCGUGGUUUUGGACCCGUGGGUUUGCCCACUUUGUUGAUAAGACGAACGGCCAUGCGAUCACGUGCAUGGCCCCCCACCACACGCUCGCCACCCUUCUCUACGCGGACGAGGGAGCAAGAGCAGUGCCGCCACCGCAUUUGCGUUGGUCGACGCUGCAGACGGUCAAGGACAAGCUGCUCGUUGGAUCGCAGACGGAGCAUGUGUAUCGACGCGCGCAGCUGACGCCGUUGUCGUGCUUGCCGCUGUACGAUGCGUCGAUCACGGCACCGGCGCACCCCGCGACCUUCUUUACGGCGGCGCAAGGCAUGCGGCACCACGACGAUGGCGACGUCAAGGGGCCUCGGCCUCACUGCGAAGCGCUCUGUGACGAAGAUGUGCUCUACAGCCUUCGCGAUGACAAGGCCAAUGUACCUCACUGUCCACUGCGCGACGACGCCGAGUACAACGCGCGACUGGCCAAGUAUGUGGACCGUCCGUUGCCGCUGCAGCUCGACGAAGCACACCUGCCGUACAUUGCGCCGUUUAGCAACAUCACCAAGCUCCGCGAAGGCCAGCCGUGGGAGUACUGUCUUCCGAUGAAGCCGCAGCAGUGUGGCGCACGGCGCGGGCUCAAGACGACGCUCUUUGAGACGCCGCAAAGCAAGCCGUGCCGGUCGGCCGUGCUGCAGCUGCUGCUGGAAAACAUGCUCGAGGUCGUUGAAGAGCUCAGUCUUCCGUCGUUUGUCUAUUUUGGCACGCUCCUCGGCGCGUGGCGAGACGAGGCCAUCAUCCCGCACACGCCCGACAUUGAUAUCGUCCUGCCGUCCAACACGGACUGGGCCAAAGUCCAGGAUGUCAUGUGGGCGCGCGGGUUUUACGUGUUUGAGCGCGAUAUCCACGGCGCCUGCGUCGCGUCGCACCACCCGCUCGCGGCCUUGCUGUAUGCGCCCAACCAUACGCUGGUGACGACGACCAAGUCGGAGCACGGAACUCCGUACUUGGACUUGUACAUGUGGCGGCGCGUCAAGGACCGCAAGAUCCACGUCGAGACGGCCCGAGCCGACCUGCCCGUGCCACACGUGUUUCCGCUCACGUGCCACGAGACGAUCUUUGGCAACCAUGUGCCCGGGAUUCAGUUUCCCGAAGCCAUGUUCCGGACCGAGUAUGGGUCGACGUACGCGACGGAUCCGAGACUGCACUUAGCGUCGUGCGAGGCGUACUGCGACUACCAAUUACUGGACAAUGCGACCGUGACCAGCAAAAAGUAGACAUUAGCAACGUUGGCAUGGUUGUCUCUUAUACUAUACAUGUAAUAUUGUUAUCG